AUGAAACUUAGAGAUGAAUUAACAUCCCAGGAGACAAAUGUGGCAGCAAAGCCAGACACUGAUAAAGUCACAACCUAUUCAAAUACAACAGCAAACGAUAAUGUUGCAGAUGUUGUACCAGCUCAAUCAGUAUUCAGUUUUGUUCCGUAUACGCCGCUAGAAGCCACUACAGAAUUUCGUCGCAAUCCUUUUUAUAAUGGUGGUACAAGGGGUUCAACUAAGGACAAAAAACGAUAUUUUGAAAUGAUUGCCAACAAACAGUUGGAGAACCCGCCGUCAAGUACUGAGCAUUUUCUUAGCCGGAAAAUAGAACUUGGAGGAGUAGUCGGAUUACCGAGUGAUUCGGCUACCGUAGCCUCCGGUUAUGAUUCGGUUGGACCAGAACUUUUGAUGAAUCGAUCAGCAACUGCAACAGAAGGUAGCAGGUAG